AUGUCGUCGUCCCUCGUGUCGCGAAAAUCCGGCCGCGGCGAGCCGCCAAAGCCCAGGUUUGCGCGUCCCAACCCCGUCAGAGCUAUGCGCGAGCGCGAAGAACGUCGCCAGGCCGCCGCUGCCGCCGCGCAGCAGGGCCAAUCGUCGGCCGUCGCCAACAAGCAGGGUGCUGUCGCCCCCCCGGCCCGCCAACAGUGCCCCAACAAGGCGUGCCCCAGACCCAAUGUCGUCGACGGCACUUGCCAGACCUGCGGUCGUGUCGCUGAUGACAGCAACAUUGUCGCCGAGGUCCAGUUUGGCGAGACGUCUUCGGGUGCUGCCAUGGUCCAAGGAUCUUACAUCGGUGCCGACCAGGCUGGUGUCCGUAGCAUGGGCCCUGCCUUUCGCCGAGUGGGAGGCUCCGAGGACAGAGAAAAGAGCAUCAGAGAAGCGCGUGGCUUGAUGCAGGGGUACGCCCAGCAGCUCAACGUCUCCGAUAGUCUGGUGACUGCUGGUACGCAGGUUUUCAAGCUUGCAUCCGGCGCCAACUUUAUCCAAGGUCGUACGCUUGCGAGUGUGGCCGCUGUUUGUCUCUACGCUGCCUGCCGCGCCGAGCCUCCGUGCAAAGUUAUGCUCAUUGAUUUGGCCGACUUGGUACAGCUCAAUGUCUUCAAGCUCGGGAGAAUCUUCAAAAAGCUCAACGAAGUCGUGCCAAUCGGCAACGAUGGCCUAAUUCCCGUAUAUCCCGAGGAUCUGAUCUGGAGAUUUGCGACCAAGAUGGAAUUCCGACAGGAGACAGCCAAAGUGGCCGAAGACGCAGUCCGCCUGGUCAAGCGCAUGAGUCGAGACUGGAUGGUCAUGGGACGACGCCCUUCAGGCAUCUGCGGUGCCUGCCUGCUCAUGGCCGCGCGUAUGCACAAUUUUCGCCGCACUGUCCGUGAAGUCGUAUAUAUCGUCAAAGUCACAAAUCACACCAUCCAGAACCGCUUAUCAGAAUUCAACUCUACAGAGUCUAGCCAAAUGUCGGUGGAGGACUUUUUGAAACAAGAUUUCCUUGAGAGCUCUCACGAUCCACCCUCAUUUUACCGGAAAUCCGACGAAUACAGGGCGCAGCAAGAAGAUAAAGCCAGAAAGCGCAAGCGAAACGACCCGUCAAACGAAGAUGAAGAAGAGUCGGCUCCGGCACCGCCUGGACCCGUUGUUAGGACACGACGAGGCACAGAUGCUGGCGCCGAUCUUUCCGGCGCUCCUCAGCUCACGUUUCGUCGCGAUGCUGACGGAUUUAUUAUCCCUCCCCAUCCUUCCCAGAUCCCCAAAGACAUGCCUGCUAUUCCAGUCCGAGAAGAGCCGGCUGAGGGUGACGAAGACUUGCAAAAACUAGCUAGCGAAUUUGGCGAUGCUCUCGACGAAGAAAUGGAGCAAGACGAAACUGGUGCGUCCGGCAAGGGAAAGAAGAAAAAAGGACAAUUGCCCAUCAACGAUGAAUGGGAACAAGACGAGCAAGAUCUCGAGGGUCAGAUUGAGGAAAUCUUCAACGAUCCACUCACAUACGAACACGCACUUGCCUACUCCAACGCCGAGCAACGCGCACGAAUUCACUCGUCAUGGGCUCUGCAACAACGGCCGCUGAAAGAGGUCUCCAUGUCUGUGGAUAUUGACGAAGACGAGUUUGCCAACGAUCCCGAGGUACGCAACUGCCUGCUCUCCGCCGAAGAAGCUCAGAUCAAAGAAAUGAUUUGGGUCAAUCAGAACAAGGAGUGGCUGCGCCAGCACCAAGAAAAACUAUUCCGCCGCAAAGUGGAAGCCGAGCGGCCCAAGCAAACGCGUCGUCGCAGAAAGCGUGCACGCAUCGGCGAGGGCCAGACGAGCCCGGCCAGCUCAGCGGCAGAAGCAGCCGUGAGCGUGGCCAAGGAUCGCGCCUGGUCGAAGCGCAUCAACUACGAUGCCAUCCGCAACAUCUUUGACGUGCCCGAUGUCGGUGGUCUUGGAUCGGCGGCUACGAGUCGUAAGACGAGCCUGGCGGGUAGCACCCUCGGCGGCGACGAUGACGAGGCACCCGACGAGAGCGACGCGGGCGAGGAUGACGCGCAGGACGAGGAUGCUGCUGGCCACCAAGGCGGCUAUGAGGGCUUUGCUGAAGAUGACGACAACCCCGACUUGGACGAAGAGUACGGCUUACAUGACGACUGA